UUAUCAGAAAUUACUUUUAAAGGCAGUAACGUGACUGUGCGUUAACAUUGUCGGAUCUUCUGCGUGGCCGUUUAAAGCUUCUGUGUAAAAUGCAGCGGAUUCCCACCUAAUUAGUCCAUCUUUACGCUGGCGCAUCUCUCCCGGCCUCGGAGUGAAAACUGUACAAGCAACAAAAAGAGCCGACCCUCAUAUCUUGAAGACUAUUUUUCUCAAGUAUGCCAGUGUGGUGGACAAAGGGGAGCAUUACAUGACCCCUCGGGACUUUGUUCAGAGUUACCUGGGCCUUCAUACACAACCUCAGUAUAAUCCCAAAACUGUGGAACUUAUUGCUGGAGUGGCUGACACUACAAAAGAUGGAUUGAUCUCUAUCCAGGAGUUUUUGGCUUUUGAAUCAGUUCUGUGCGCUCCAGAUGCCCUUUUCAUCGUUGCCUUUCAGUUCUUUGACAAGACUGGAACAGGAGACAUAUCAUUUGAGAAUGUUCGUGACAUCUUCAGCCAGACCACAGUCCAUCAUCACAUUCCCUUCAACUGGGACUGUGAGUUCAUCAGGCUGCACUUCGGCCAUGAAAGAAACAAGCGCCUCAGCUACUCAGAGUUCACCCAGUUUCUGCAGGAGCUGCAGUUGGAGCACGCCCGCCAGGCUUUUGCACAGAAAGACAAGAACAAAAGUGGCACCAUCACUGCCUUGGAUUUCAGCGACAUCAUGGCCACCAUCAGACAUCACAUGUUGACUCCAUUUGUGGAGGAGAACUUGGUCUCUGCUGCAGGAGGAAGCACCUCCCACAUGGUGAGCUUCUCCUACUUCAAUGCCUUCAAUGCCCUCCUCAACAAUAUGGAGCUGGUCCGCAAGAUUUACAGCACACUUGCUGGCACAUACACAGACACACUUGUUACCAAAGAAGAGUUUGUGCAUGCAGCCAAUAAGUUUGGUCAAAUCACGCCAAUGGAAAUUGACAUCCUCUACCAGCUUUCUGGUCUUCACUCACAGUCUGGGCGGCUGAACCAUGCAGACAUUGAGAGGAUAGCCCCGUUGGAAGAAGGAGCCAUGCCAUGCCACCUAGCCGAGGCUCAAAAACAGCAUGCUCACGAAACAUCUCGGCCCGUCUGGCUCCAGGCUGCAGAGUCUGCCUACAGGUUUACUGUGGGCUCAAUUGCUGGAGCCACUGGAGCAACCGCUGUGUACCCCAUUGACCUGGUGAAGACGCGCAUGCAGAACCAGCGCUCCACAGGCUCCUUUGUAGGUGAACUCAUGUACAAGAACAGCUUUGACUGCGCCAAGAAGGUGCUUCGCUACGAGGGCUUCUUUGGAUUUUACAGAGGUCUCCUCCCCCAGCUCAUCGGUGUUGCGCCAGAGAAAGCUAUCAAACUUACGGUGAAUGAUUUUGUCAGAGACAAAUUCACCAGACAAGACGACACACUUCCUUUGGCUGCAGAGAUUCUUGCAGGUGGAUGUGCUGGAGCUUCUCAGGUGAUUUUCACCAAUCCUCUGGAGAUUGUAAAGAUCCGUCUGCAGGUGGCAGGAGAGAUCACGACCGGGCCUCGGGUCAGUGCAUUGACUGUUGUGAAGGACCUAGGCUUCUUUGGCCUCUACAAGGGAGCUAAAGCUUGCUUCCUGAGGGACAUCCCCUUCUCUGCCAUCUACUUCCCCGUCUAUGCCCACACCAAGCAGAAGCUGGCUGCUGAGGACGGCAGGUUGGGGCCGCUGCAGCUGCUCGUUGCUGGUGCUAUUGCAGGUGUCCCAGCUGCUUCACUCGUGACUCCUGCUGAUGUCAUCAAGACCAGACUCCAGGUGGCGGCCCGAGCAGGCCAAACGACCUACAGUGGCGUCAUUGACUGCUUCAGGAAGAUUCUAAAGGAGGAAGGGUUCAGGGCAUUUUGGAAGGGCGCAGGAGCCCGUGUCUUCAGAUCAUCGCCACAGUUUGGUGUAACACUGGUGACCUACGAACUCUUACAGAGAUGGUUCUACGUGGACUUCGGCGGGCAUCGUCCUGCUGGAUCUGAGCCCAUCCACAAGCCUGUAAUCCAGGACCUUCCUUCUGUGACCGCAGACCACGUGGGUGGAUACCGCCUGGCUGCUGCUACCUUUGCUGGUAUAGAGAGGAAGUUUGGUCUGCACCUGCCCAAGUUCAAAUCUGUAGGAGAACCAGUGCAGCCCACGAAAGAACCGCAGCCUCGUAAACGCUCGCCUUCCUCAGGACUGUGAGGGCUGCAUGACUGUGUUUUUGUUUUUUGUGGCUCCAAAAUUCAUUAUAAAAAGUUUAAAUGAAUCGGUCUUACUCCAAAUGCUGCAUGAGCCUUGUUGCUUUUUUUUUUUUUUGGCCUUUUCUUUUGCACAGUGAUAUUGUACAUACUGUACUUCUCCACAGAGGCACAUUAUGGCAUUUCAAAAGGACUGUUACUGCUUU